AUGAUACCACUCCACUAUCUGUCAAUUUUAAAACUAGCAACAUACAAUAUACGAUAUUCACCCCCAAAUUCUCGUCCGAUCUUACCAGAAGCACCGUGGUCAGCCAGACUUCCCUUGAUUCUAAAUCAAUUAAAUUGGGAAGAACCAGAUUUAAUUGGAGCUCAAGAAGUUUUAGAUCAUCAAUGUAUCGAUUUACUUGAAGGCUUAAAUCAAUUAGGUUAUACUGGGAUAGGUGUUGGACGUGAUGAUGGGAAAAGGUUGGGAGAGUAUGCACCAAUCUUUUGGAAAUCAGAUCAGUUUGAAUUAGUUGAUCAUCAUUACUUUUGGCUAAGUGAAGAGCCUGAUGUACCAGGUAGUAUAAGUUGGGAUUCAGGUCAAACGAGGAUGGUAACAUGCGUUGAAUUGAAGCCCAAGUUGAACACCGUUCAAGUUGAUGGAAUCUUUCAACUACCUGGACAAAAUUCUUUAGAUCGAUCAAUAUUUGUGAUGAAUACUCAUUUUGAUGACAGAGGUAGCUAUGCUCGAGAACAAUCUGCAAAGCUCAUCCGUUAUCGAGCAGAAGCACUGAUCAAGAAGACAAGCAAACCUGUAUUUUUACUUGGAGAUCUGAAUUCAACUCCAGAAGAAUUACCCUAUAAGACAUUAACAACCGAAUCCACAGGCCAACUAUCCUUUAAGGAUUCUCGUCAAAACGCAAAACACCUCUACGGGGCUAUUAACGCUACUUAUACUAGCUUCUCAAAGAAUCCCUCUGUCCAAGGUGUAAUUGAUGUUGUAAUGUUGAUGGGAUAUCAUUGGGAAGCAAAAAAGUAUGGUGUGAUUCCUAAUAGUUUUGAGGAUGAUGAGUAUUAUGCUAGUGAUCAUAGGCUUGUAUGCGCUCAAUACGUCAAAGUCAUUGAGCAUUGA